AUGGAGUGACAGUCAUAUCUGUAUUCCACAGUUACACAUGUAAACAAAUUUCAGGAAUAUAGUGUCGGCCAUCAAAGUAUACUACAUGUCUACAGGAUAAACAAACUGUAGGAAUAUUGUAUCUGCUGUCAGCUAUCAUAGUAUACUACAUGUAUACAGAUAUCAGUCUAUAGAUGAAAUUCUGGAUCUUGUCAAAGAGAUGUGGAAUGUUGGUUAAACGGAUGAUCUUGUGUUGUGUUGUCGGUGGAAUAUGAUAUUGUUUUGAGGGAGAAACUGGAUCUCUAGAAGACUAAGGACGAUGCUCACUACACCAUGUACAUCUACUGUGGCCGACACACAGACUGAUGCAUGGGACUGGUCCUACCCUAACACCAUGGUGGCUUAUGGGCGGCACUAUGAAACACCAACUUCAGCAUGACAGACAUAAUGACACUCAACUACCUCUUUUUUCUUGGAAUUGUUAUACCGUGUAUAAUCACUGUCACCCUCUUCAUUGUAUUUAUAUUGUGCUGGAACAAAUACAGACUACGUAAGGAAAUCAUGACCAAAAAAUUUGACCCCCACAAGAAGUUACGAUCAGGGAAAGAGGCUUACAAAGUGCCCCGUCCUCCCUUACCCCCCAAAUGGAUCCACAGGACAUCCAAAUCCCAAGAUGUACAAAGUAUCUUACCACACCACAACAAAGCUUUCGACGUGAGUCCCGACACACCGGGAGAUGACACGAGGCACAUGUACAACACAUUCCAUGACAGUGGUAUGUCUGAACUCAGUGAGAUCCAGUAUAGGUUUGAGAGGCAGCGUCCUCAUUCUCAAGCUUCUACAGACUCAGAGGACUCUGGCUUUAGGAGUUCCAGGUCUGGACAAUACUUACACAGCGCCCAAAAUAGUAACGCACAGGAACUACCCCUGUUCAAACCCUUAGAUAACAUAUCUCAACCACAAACUGUUAAUAUUCCCCCAAACUGUGAUAAUGUACGAAUUUCUAGUCGCAGGUCAAGACGGAAAAGUAGGUCUCCGGCCAAUCAGCGGACUAGACAGGAAUGUCCGGCCAAUCAGAGGACAAAACAGAAAUGUGUUGAUGUGAAUGAGAUUCUAAAGGAUAUUAAAUCACAACCAUUAUCAGUGAUAUCUCCACAAAUGGGGCAACUGACGGUAACCAUGGCAACAGUGCACCACCCUAACAUUGAGGACCGGGGUGCGGCUAUGGCGUACUCUGUUGUGUAGUGUUGAUAUACAGUGAUAUAUAAUUAUGUGUAGUAUGUGCAAAUAUUGUCCAGGAGAACUUUUCGAAGCGUUGUGAUUAUAUAUCUUAUACAACCAAAACCAGUGAUUUUUGUUGCUGUUUUUCAAUGGGAUUUAUCAAAAAGUGUGUUCAAUUGAUGGUGUAAGCUAUAAGAUGACCAUCAAUGUAGGAAUUGGUGAUACAAUCACAGAUCCUGAGAGCUGUCGACCCUGGCCAGACUGACCCUGCAAAUCCAACAAAGAUUACCGAGGACUUGUGAUACAGGAGUGUUCUGACAUGGUCAGGGUUUGUAGGUGUCGGAAUGGACAGGGUUUGUUUGUAUUCUGUAGUUAUAUAAUGUAUAUGUGUGUUAGAGUGUUCCUUUGUGUAGUCUACCACCCUACUGAACCAUUUACAAGUGCUGAGUGAUCAUGUUGAGAAAUAAAAACAUUGUGCUAUGUCAUAGUUUGAAAAUAUCAUCAAGAAAGUAUUUCAAUUUUGUGAAGAAGAUUAUAUCUUUUUGUUUAGAUAUUAGGUUGAGUGCCGAAUCUCCCGUAUCAUAGAAUUGCCCAGACAUUUUACUGAGCUCUUUGUCAUCUUACACAGUAAGUCAUCGUGUGUUGUCAAUUUCUACAAUUUUGUUCAAGAAAUUCUACAAAACCUGAAAUCCUAGUGCUGGUUCAGGCUUCAGUCCAUAGUAACAAGGUAUUAAUGUUUAUCAAAAUAUUCGCAAAUACACCUUAUUUUACCACCAGAUUAUACAGGGAGGAUUGUUACUGGUCUGGGUGUGUAGUUCUGAUAACCAGAUUAUACAGGGCGGAUGGUUACUGGUCUGGGCGUGUAGUUCUGAUAACCAGAUUAUACAGGGAGUAUUGUUACUGGUCUGGGUGUGUAGUUCUGAUAACCAGAUUAUACAGGGAGGAUUGUUACUGGUCUGGGCGUGUAGUUCUGAUAACCAGAUUAUACAGGGAGUAUUGUUACUGGUCUGGGUGUGUAGUUCUGAUAACAAGAUUAUACAGGGAGGAUGGUUACUGGUCUGGGCGUGUAGUUCUGAUAACCAGAUUAUACAGGGAGUAUUGUUACUGGUCUGGGUGUGUAGUUCUGAUAACAAGAUUAUACAGGGAGGAUGGUUACUGGUCUGGGGGUGUAGUUCUGAUAACCAGAUUAUACAGGGAGGAUGGCUACUGGUCUGGGUGUGUAGUUCUGAUAACCAGAUUAUACAGGGAGUAUUGUUACUGGUCUGGGUGUGUAGUUCUGAUAACAAGAUUAUACAGGGAGGAUGGUUACUGGUCUGGGGGUGUAGUUCUGAUAACCAGAUUAUACAGGGAGUAUUGUUACUGGUCUGGGUGUGUAGUUCUGAUAACAAGAUUAUACAGGGAGGAUGGUUACUGGUCUGGGGGUGUAGUUCUGAUAACCAGAUUAUACAGGGAGGAUUGUUACUGGUUUGGGUGUGUAGUUCUGAUAACCAGAUUAUACAGGGCGGAUGGUUACUGGUCUGGGCGUGUAGUUCUGAUAACCAGAUUAUACAGGGAGGAUUGUUAGUGGUCUGGGUGUGUAGUUCUGAUAACCAGAUUAUACAGGGCGGAUGUUUACUGGUCUGGGUGUGUAGUUCUGAUAACCAGAUUAUACAGGGAGUAUUGUUACUGGUCUGGGUGUGUAGUUCUGAUAACAAGAUUAUACAGGGAGGAUGGUUACUGGUCUGGGGGUGUAGUUCUGAUAACCAGAUUAUACAGGGAGGAUGGCUACUGGUCUGGGUGUGUAGUUCUGAUAACCAGAUUAUACAGGGCGGAUGUUUACUGGUCUGGGUGUGUAGUUCUGAUAACCAGAUUAUACAGGGAGUAUUGUUACUGGUCUGGGUGUGUAGUUCUGAUAACCAGAUUAUACAGGGCGGAUGGUUACUGGUCUGGGCGUGUAGUUCUGAUAACCAGAUUAUACAGGGAGUAUUGUUACUGGUCUGGGUGUGUAGUUCUGAUAACCAGAUUAUACAGGGAGGAUUGUUACUGGUCUGGGUGUGUAGUUUUGUUGACUGCUAUUUUUAUACAAAAAGCAACAACUAGAGAACAUUUAACAACUGUAAUUAAAACUCUUAUAAACAAGUGUAAUGUUUUCAGAUGACAUAUACAAUUUGUUCAAUUUAACAUAUUUUUUAAAAGAUUUUUAAACUUGAUCUUACAACCCCCCCAUUUUGUUCUCCUUGAGUUUGUUGUAAAGAACAACACAGGGUGUUAAUUCAUGAGCAUGUUACCAAUGUAAUAAUCAAUUAUGAGAUUUUUAAAGAGACUGCAGAUAGAAUUUCAAUCCUUUGUCAGCUAACAUUUGAUACAUAAGACUGUGACCAGGUGAUCAAUCAUAUCCCCAAUAGAUUCAUCCCCAACUUUCCUUAUAUCUGCCUGUUUACCAUUUCCACAAAUCCUCCAGUGUUGAUAGUGGACUGGCCCGGAUCAAAGGAAGAAGAAGUGUUAAAAAUGUGUUUUGGGGGAAGCAAGGUAAUAUGUAGGGUAAUACAAACUCCUGCGAAGGAAAGUGAACAGCUGAGCUGUCGUAAUAAGGUAAACUAUCAAUGAUUUGGUUGUGUAAACAUCACAAUGGACCUUGUGAAUAUUGCAGUGUAGACAAUAUUUAUUCAUAGACUCUGAAUUCCAUUUAUAUUACACAAUGUGAUCCAAGAAGGAAAUUUAGUAUAAAGUGUCUGUUUGGUUGAAGUUUAAUGUAUAAUUUGCUACUAAGAACGGGAAUUUAACACAAUGGUAUACAACUGUCCUGGUCACCUUCCAAUACAACAUGGUUUACAGAAGGCAGUCACAGUGUUACAGCACAGUUAUUCACAUUUUUUAACAAUUUCAACAGUUUAAAAAAUGAUUGAAGGAUAUUUAAUGAAAAAGUUACAUUUUUAUUCUGCUAUGUUUACCAUGAAGCACAAUUUUUACUUGAAAAACCUUCAACUGUUUUCAUUUAUAAACUACAUAGGUAGUUAUAACAUGUAAAAUAUUUUUAAAAAAAAUCAGUUUAUAAAGAAACAAGGAGAUAUCAUGAAGAAAUAUAUUUACUAUCUUACAAAAUAUAGCAAUAUUUGACAAAAUGUAUGGUAAAAGACAUUUUUAUGAACUACCUUGCUGUCAAAUGGUUACCUUAACAUUCCAGCUAAAACAGUCUGUUAGAACCACUUCCCAUAGCUACUAAUGCUAGUUGAUCGUCGGUACUCCGUAAACCUGACAGAAUUUGUGUUAAACACACCUUCAACAUUACUGUUCACAAAUUUUACUGUACAAACUGUUUUCAGUGUUUUUAUUAUUUAUAUGAAAUCUGUUGUAUGUUCUAGCUUCAAAAUGAAGCCUAAAGAAAAUA